UCCCGGAUCAUGUGACAAUGAGAUCUAAAAUGGCAGAAAUGGUGUCCUUAAUGAAGUGCGUGUCUCUUUUCUUCCUGGUUUAUGUUUUAGGAUUGGUGCAUGCCUAUGAUACAUGUGACAGUGGAAAUAUUUGCUAUGGAGACCAGUACUGUUGUGGAUAUGACUUUUGUUGCAACACAUUUUAUUUUUACUCAGCCUGGUGGUUCUGGCUGAUAUGGGUUGUUGUUUUAAUUCUCAUUUCGUGCUGCUCCUAUGGGUUGUAUCGUCGCCGCAGAGCUGCCACCCUUAGGUAUGUGGUUGUCCAGGGCCAGCCAAGCUAUGGUGCUGCUGGAACCCCAGUAUUUGCAGCACCAGCGUAUCCUGGUCAACCCACUUCUCUACCGGGUCAACCACAGGGAUAUGGACCACAGCAGAAACCACCACCAUAUCCUGCAUCUGCUCCACCAUACCAACCAUAAGGCUUUCAUAUAUCAACUAUCUCUCAACGAGAUGUUAGUCAUUUAUUUUAAGAGAACUUUGUAUAUGGCAUACAAUAUACAAUAACAUACUGAUUUGCAGUUCAUUCUAUUUUUAUAUUUCUUAAUCUCUGAUCUGUUCUCAAGUGCUUUGAAAAUAUACUCCAAUGUGAUAUUGAGAAUUUUACAAAAAAUGUGCCAUAUGCUAUUGUAUCCUAGAAACAUUGUAUAAUAACCUAUUUUUAGAAACACUGUCCAAAAUGCUAAGAAUUAACUGCUUAGGCAAUGUAAAUUACUGUGUUUAUGCCAGGAUAUUAAAAAAUUUGUUUGGCAAUAUAUGAACCAAUAUGGUUUAUCAAUUUUAAAGGUUGAUAUUGUUUUGAAGAUGAUAUUGGAAUUGUGGCAUACUUGAUAUGUAUUCCAUGGAUAUUAUCAGCUUGAAUUUUACAGUUAUAUCUCUUGAAGUAGUGCUUGUGUCUAUGAAAUGUUUUACUUUAAUCAGGUGAUCUGAAUGGUGAUAUGUAGCCUUGCCUGCGAGAGUAUCAGUAAAAGACUGAUUCACUGUUUAUGUCAUCAAGCCUUUUUCCAGAAUAAUUGUGCAAUACUGUGUUCGUACCAAUCGUCCUUCAAAAGAUGUAUUCCCAUGAGAAUUAGAAGAAAAGACAAUCCUUGUAAUUUUGUAUAAAAAUGAAAUGUAUUAAAUGUGUUAUACUUGAUAUUUGGAAUAGGGUAAUGUACUAUUCAAGAGAUAAUGUUUGCAGUGCUUAAGUGUGAUAAAUUAGAAAAAAAUUGUUUAUUUAUAUGUGUUCAAAACAAAAACUAUAUUUUCAGUAGAAGGUUCAGGAUUUUCUUCCCAUUGUAUAUGAACCAUGUAAAAAUUUCUGUAUUUUAAAUUUAAAGCCUAGUUCACGUAAAUUUUUGUAUUUUAUUAUAUAUCUAUUUUGGCCUUUGU